UGUUUAUUUGACAGAAAACAGAGUGGAUGCGGCCUCUCCGACGAUAUCAUCUACAGUUUUCCAGUUAUUAAAAGAUGAAGAAGAAGUGGAAGAAGUUCCGUUAGAUCCGCAAUAUAUAACACCAAUUGACAAAAAUUUAAAAAGUAUCAAUAUAAUCGAUAUAAUUCGAUUACAAAGUGAAUCAAAAGACAUGUCAAUCACUGUUGAAGGUGAUGUUGGCAGUUGGUUACUGUGUAUGACAAUAACAAAUGCUAUAAGUAAGGUAGUCGGUUGCAUAAUAUUUGUGAGACAUUCCAAAGAUGUUUUCGACCAAAGUGACAUCAAUCUAAUGGAGACGUUUGCAUUGAUUUGUGGAAUUAGUAUUUAUAAUUGUCGCUUACAUGAACGUUCUGUUAGGAUGUUGGCACAGCUAGAAGUAAUGAACGAUGUACUGGCAUUUCAUACUACAUGCGACCGAAAACUUAUUGAACCUUUCUUAAAAAUAGAGCCACGAUCUUCUGCAGAGUACAAUUUAUAUUCCCAUGCCUUCAUUGAAUCUGUAUUUACAGAUGAUGAAAUUGUUCAUUUGUGUGCUCGUGUGUUUCUUGAGAAAAAUGCUUUGACCGUAUUAAAUUUACCGAUUGAUAUUUUAUACAGGUUUAUUUUAACAGCAAAGAAGAAUUAUCGUCCAAUUAUUUUCCAUAAUUGGCGCCACAGUGUAAUGGUAUUUCAAAUGAUGUUUUAUAUUUUGACAAGUUCACGAAUACAAUUUUAUUUCACAGAAUUUGAACAGAUUUGUUUCCUCAUUGCUUCUUUAUUGCAUGAUCUUGAUCACAGAGGGACAAAUAAUGAGUUUCAAGUGAAGACAUCAUCUCCGCUCACUACAUUAUACGACACGUCUGUCUUGGAACACCAUCAUAUAGAUAGAGCUAUCAGGAUGCUAAACACUGCCGAAACCAAUAUAUUCCAGAAUCUCUCGGCUAAAAAUUAUCAGCAUGGUCUUAAAUUUAUCGAGAAAGCGAUUCUUGCCACAGAUGUAAAAGAUUAUGAUGCAGUAAUUAAUAGUUUUAGAGAGAUAAUCAAAGAGGGAGACAAAGCUUUUGAGUGUCAAGAAAACAUUGAUUUACUAAUAAGCGUUAUAAUGGCAGCCUGUGAUCUUUCAGCUGUUACAAAGCCAUGGCCGUUUGAAAGGAAUGCUGCAGUUAAGAUUGCAGCCGAAUUGUUCGAGCAGGGGGAUAAAGAAAAAACUUUACAUCAAGAUAUCGAAGAUCUCAUGGAUCGAGAAAAAAGAUACAAAUUUCCUGAAAUAGAAGUGGAGUAUUUUGAUUCUCUAUGUGCUCCGCUUUAUCAAGUUUUAUCUGAAAUGGAUUCUAAUCUGACUCCUCUGUAUGAAGGGGCGUUGAACAAUCGAAAUCACUGGGCAGAUAUAGUUGAAGGUGUCAAGUUUUUUGACAUUGAUUCCGAAAUUGAGGUUAUUUAUAAUGAAGAACUGAGUUGGAAAGAAGCAAAAGAUCACAGAAUUGCAACACCUAAAAUAUCACCAGGCAUUCAGUCUGAAAAUGCUGCGUUAGGAAUGGCAACAUCGUCUACUCAGACUACUUUUGUUCUCGCUGAGUUAAAUGAAGCAAGUCUACGACAACGUCAGAAGAUAUCUCAAACGGACGAUGAUUUAACUUCAACGUCUCAUUUCGAAUCUCGUGCUUUAACGAACGCCAUGAAUAGUUUUUAUACUGAAAAACUUCUCGCAGUAACGAUAAAGCCAAUGGGUAAAAGAAUCCGAAAAAUUAAUAUAGGGACGCAAGUGAAAUUUUCAAAUGGUUAUAGUGAGACCUCUGGCCACUCUGCAUUUCCUAGUAGAAGCACGUCCUUUGAACCAUCCAAAGCAUUUUCAGAUUCACGGAUAAAAACAAAGACAUCCGCUACAAGCAUGUAUCUCGAUGGAGCAGAAGCAGCGAUGAGUGAUGAGUCUGCUCAAGAAUUACUGAAGUUAGCUACUUCUUCGAUGGACUUAAGUAGCUGGGCAGCUUCUAAGAUAACAUUAGAAACGUCUGAACAAAAGCUGAAAACUUUGACACCUAUGAUCUCUAAACAUACGGUAGACAAUGUGGAAAAAUAUGCAAUGAGUGCAGAAGAAAGGGAAAAAAUUUCUAGUAUUGCAAUGAAAGAACUCAAUCAAAGUCGAAGAAGAAAAUGUUUAAGGAAAAUUCCACUGUGUAAACCAAUUGCUACAAGCAUGAAAACCAAAAGGCCGGACGAUUUUAUGAAAAAGUAUGUGUGUACGAUUUCAUAAUUAAUUAUUGAGAAACAAACUUUUUGUAUUAGCCUAAACAACUGCAAACCAACAAGCAAACGUAAAUAAACAAUGAUAUGUACGUGAA